AAAUCACAUGAAAAAAAAAAAAAAAACUUGGAAAGAAACUUAGCUUUGUAUCAACUAAUGUACAUUAUUGUUAAACUUUACAGAGAAGUGGUAACAGUUCGCCAUCUACUCUUCAAGACACCUUCAGAAAACAUUUGUAGAUCAAGCCUGACUCCUGAGUGCUCUAGAUUUAAUAAUAACAUAUAUCAAUCUUUCUGAUUGGUUCAGCAGUACAUACAAGUAAAAUGCUAUCGGACUUACAAGUGGGGUGUUCUUUUGUGUUUGACUGAGGCAUAAUUUGGUGUGCGGACUGUUGGCGAUAUAAGCCUUUUGCUAAAAACUAAUCCAUACUGCUUGCGAUCACUACCUUCGUCGUGUUGGUUUCUUAUAACUUGCCCCAUUCCAUCUGCGGAUAUGAUCUGGCGAUGCCUUCUGCGUCUCUCAUCUGUGCACAAACCCGUAAUCAGAAAACUUUGCACUGAGACGCAAAAUGUUCAGAGGGGAGAAAGUCUGCGGCACAAUAUGGGUGACAGAGUAACCUGGGAUUCCUUCUAUUCUGGCCCCAUCUCUGCUGAUUCUUCACAUUUCGACUGGUUCUUUGGAUAUCAUUUCCUAAGGAACUUCUUACUCUCAAUUACACAUGAUUUGGCUCUUGAGGGGUAUGGGGGUCCUGCUCUUCGUGUCCUUGAUGUGGGUUGCGGAACCUCUGAUGUAGGUUUGGGUUUGUACCGUGACUCCCCUCUCCCAGUGCAGAUAUCGUGCAUAGAUUAUUCAGCUCCUGCAGUUCUAGCUAUGAACAAUCUCCUCAUCCGGGGUGAACCCAUCUCUCCCAGACACCCAGAUUCCAGCUUGGAAUAUAUCCAGGGGGAUGUCACUAACCUUCAUGACAUUAAAUCAGCAAGUGUGGACCUUGUACUGGACAAAGGCACCUCAGACUGUCUGCUCCGCUCAGGGAGAGGGGUGGCACAGCUGAUGGUCAGGGAGUCACUACGAGUUCUUCAGCCAAGCGGGAGGUUUGUGCAGCUGACAGAUGAAGAUCCAGAUGCCAGGCUACCUUUCCUUGAGGAUGCAGGGACAGGACCCGCAGUGGCCCUGCAUGAUCUGGGGGACAACAAUGGAAUUUCAUAUUAUGCUUAUAUUGUAACAAAGUCCUCACACUCUGGGCAGCAAGAAAACACCAGAGAGAAUAUCCAAUAGGCAAACUGCAAUGAUAUAUUAUCCCCAAGCAUCCAUGUAUAAAGGGACAUUACAUUUACAGGGAUAUUCUAGUGCAAAUAUUAACACCUGGGGACUGACUCUCUUAGCCAAUUGUGUUUUUCACAGAGAAGAACUUUCCUGAAAUAAAGGUCAGACCAGACUGAUAUACGAGCAAAUCCUCCUCUGAACAAGAACAUGGCAACCCCAGACAAUCAUUCCAGCCUUCUGUGAGGUGCAGCCAUUUCCCUUUAAGGACAUUAGCCAUACUGUCUACGUCUGGUUCCUCCCAUCACCCUUAGGGAGACUUCCCCAAGGCCAAAAGGCAAAUAUAUACAAAAGAGAAGCGUUCAACCAGGAACGGACAACAGUUCAGUAGCUUGUUCUAUGGCACAUUACCACUUGAGAACAGCCUCUUGGUCAUGUCUUAUUUACUGAUCGUAUCUAACUAUGUGUUAAACCCCUGCAAAGAGAAGAAGUCAUGCUUGGGGGCAAUGUAGAAUAUACAGAGUGAGCCAAUCACAAGCUUGCAGUCAACACAACGCUCCUAUCACCAGUUGUGUUGUGUUCAGAAGCUGCAGUGUCUCAAAGGGGGUUGAACAUAUUGUAAUCAGUGUUGCAAAAAUUACAUACUGCAAUGAAUUAGGUGAUUUUUCUUUUAAAGGGACAUUCUAACACAAAAAUUACUAACUAAUAUGCAUAUCAAAGAAUACUAUUUAAAGCUUAUAAAAUAUUUAUAUAUUUUUUUCAAUAAAAAUGUUAAGUUAAAACUGUUUAAUUUUUGAGACAGAAAAAUA